CAACAGCAUUUAGCCAAUCAGGUGAUCAGGACAGCCGUCGCAGCAGCCCUGAUCACCUCAGAUUUUAAAAUGGCAACAUUGAUGGAGCACUCCAUUUCUAUGUCUGCCACAGAAAUGGUGGAUGUCCCUCCUAGAGACAGCCCCAUCAACGUUAGAAGGCUUCAUAAGAGAGCCUUCCUUGCCAGGGACCUAUCCUCUUCAUCUACUGAUGAGGAUAUAGUCCCAGUUAGUAAAAUAAAAAAGAAGGGUUGCUUUUCCUCUUUAAGUUCUGAGGAUGAACUUGAUUUUGGUUCCUCUUCCCCUCAUUUUCGUUUGAGUAGUCGACGUUUUAAAGGCAUGGUACCUCCAAAAAUGAAACGUGUGUUUCCCUCGUUUGAGGUUUCAAAACAGUUUUGA